GGCUGGCCUUGAACUCAGAAAUCCACCUGCCUCUGUGCUGGGAUUGCUUUGAUGGUUGUUGUUGUGAGAUAGGGUCCCACUUUGUGGCCCAGGCAUCCUCCUGUGUUCGCCUCCUGGACGUUGAGAUGGCGGGUGUGCACGCUGUACCCAGGGGAGACUUUCUGAAAGGCUUGCCGGUCUACAACAAGAGCAACUUCAGCAGGUUCCACGCGGACUCCGUGUGCAAGGCCUCGAACCGCCGUCCCUCAGUGUACCUGCCGACCCGAGAGUACCCGUCAGAACAAAUCAUUGUGACAGAAAAGACCAACAUCCUCCUGCGGUACCUGCACCAGCAAUGGGACAAAAAGAAUGCCGCCAAGAAGAGAGACCAAGAGCAGGUAGAGGCGGAGGGCGAGAGCUCAGCGCCACCUCGCAAGGUGGCCAGGACUGACAGCCCCGACAUGCCCGAGGACACCUAGACCCCACGCAGCGCCCCGCGUCUGUCUGCUCUGUCCGCUCCCGCCCGCGUUGUAAGCGCAGCCCGCCUCCCACACCCAGCCCGCGCCCUCCAACCUCCAACCUCAUAGGACCCAUGUAUUUAUUUUCCUUGAGUUUUUAUUUAUGCUGUAACUCGUGUCAAGCAUUGGUUAAAGGGACAUCAGGCCUAGCCGUGAGGUGUCGGUAGACGCUAUUUUAAAGCACAGUGGUGUCCUCCACCCGGCCACCCGCCAGAGACCAUGUCCGGGUCCAGAGCCCAGGGCGGCCUGGUUUCCCAACACCGAGCGGCCUUCACGCUCCUUCCCAUCCUCAGGCCGGCCGGGUCUCGGUCCCCGGGUUCUCCCGGGUCCUUCCCGUGCCCGGGCCUCACUCUGAGCCUAUGCCAGGGCAGGAGAGAGCUGGCCUUUCUGGAUCUUUCUCUUGAGUCAUUUUAUCAUGGACUAGCCCGUGCUCCGCGUCCACCCCAAUAAAAGGAUCUUUCCUACCCCACCCGGCGUCUUUGGUCCACACACCUCGGCUGGAGCCACUGAGACCUGAGUGGCUGGCAUGGGGCUGCCACACCUCCCUGCCCAGGGGUCCUUGGGGUCACAUUCCUUUGGGAGACAGAGCCCAGGACAGUGCCACAGGGCACUGGACAUCAUGUGGGAGGCUCACCAGCCAGGCUAGAACUGGUAGCAUUAAUCCGGGGAGCACUGGUGAGCUGAGGUGGCCACACUGCCCUGGGGGUAGGGAACUGCCUGGACCGGCGUGGCUGUGCACCCUCAGAUGUGGCAUGGUACACGCUGCAGGUAUGGGGUUGAGGGGUUCCUGCACACAGGCUGGACCCUGCUUGUGGUCAAGGCCAAAGGUGUCCAUGUUCCCCAGGGUAGUUACCCGGCUGCAGCCCUGUUCUGAAGUAGUACUUUAGCCUCACCCAGUGACGGGGCACCGGCAGCCAUCCCCGUUAACCCUUGUGUGCCCCGCCUCGGGUAGCUAGCUAGCAUCCACCUUCAUACACGGGGGUUCUGCCACCCUCAGGCCUUGGUCCAAGCUGCCUUCCCAGACACUGCCUUUGCUGUGCAUCCUCGGGAGCGCCGCCCGGGGGCUCCCCGUUCCUGCAGGCUGGCCAGGGUGACCUCUGCCCUGGGCACCCCACGAGUGCUCCAUCCCUGACCCACCUGGGGCGAUGGGUGCCAUGGACGUGCAUCUGGACCCACGCUGAGGGGUUCCCUGGGCCCUCCAGAGGCCUCGUCCCGGGAGAACCAGGGUGCUCAGCCACCAGCUACGGCCCCAAGUCCCUCCACCGCUCUGACCUCGAGCACUGUUGAAAUAGACUUUAUUGCAUUUCUGCCGUUUUACAAAAAUAUGACAAAAUAAAUUAAAAACAAAUAAAUAACCGCC